GUGAUUCCAAAAAUUCUUAAAGUUGGCAAUAUGAUGUAAACAUUUUCAAAUUUCUAUUAUCAAAUUGUUGACAGUUUGAUUUGCCAGGUAGAGGAAUAGCUAAUUAAAUUUAAAAUUUCGGUUGUUAAUGAAAUUGAAUGCAAAUGAAAAAUGAUCACAUCGACAUUAAAAGGCGUAUUUCCGGAACCGAAACCUACUUACAGGCGUAACUUCAUUAAAGAAAAUGUCAGCCGUAUUAAACAAAUGCAAGGUUUAAUUCCUUUAUCUGACCCAGACCUUCAGAGGAAGAGAAAAGAUGAUAAAUUCAAAAAUGUUCCUUCAAAACCAAGUGGUCAUUCCAAUGCUAAUCUCCAAGGCAGAACCAAAAUACAUUCAAGAAUUGGGACAGAUCCACAGAGACCAAUAUCUAAUAAUAAAUUAGAUCCGAAGGCUAAAGACACAAUAAGCAAAAUUCAAGUAGAAAAACAGAGAUUCUUAAGUCGUGGCAUUCAGACUGAAAGAUUGGAUGAUGUUACCAAAUUAUAUGAAACUGGUGUUAUUAAAUAUCCUAGUGCAGGUAUAAGGAGAUCUCCUAGAAAAGAUCUGAAAAAAUUCAAUCCCGAGCAAGGAGAUAAUACCACUGUUGAUGAACUUUAUGAAGCUGCUGACAAUUUAGGUUUGAAUGAAAAAAAUGAACAUAAUUUUGUGAAACAAAAUAUAUCUAACAUUAAGACUAAGACAGUGAAGAAUGAGUCUGCAAGAAAUCCUGCUCAACCUCCUCCCAACUAUCAGAAAGGAGUUGUUCCGAAAUAUCUGAAAGACAGGAGGGGACUUGAGAAGGCUGUGGAAGCUGAGCCAGAUUGUCCCCCAGGACAUAUUUUAUUGCCUGAAGAAGAACGUAAAGAAACUUUAAGGGUUUUAAGGCAGAGUUAUGCCGAUAGAGUACAAGAACUUAACUCCUUACCUGUACGAAGUGAUACUUUAAAAAUGAAGAAGAGAAAAAUGGACAUUGAAGAGGAAUUGAAAAAAAUUGAUGAAGGCAUCAAAGUGUUUCAGAGGCCUAAAGUUUUUGUUAAAAUCAACGCAUGAACAUUGACUGUGAUCUUUACCUUAGUGAUAUUUUUUUAUAGAACUGCAAUCAUUUUGUCCGUUUUGACAUGUAAUUCCUAUUUUGAAAAUUCUAGUCAUUUAUUCGAUUAAUUUGGUGCACCUAUUUCGAGUGCGAAUAAAAUGAUACACAAAGA